UGCUUUUCAUCUUUUUCUUUUUCCGUGCUUGCUUUCUCAUGGCAGCUCUGCAUAGUACACUGGCACUGAGACUGAGCCUUGGAAAAAUGACAGAAAUAAGACUCAGGAACUGAAUAGAGAGAGAAGGGAAAGGUGUGGCAUUUCCCAAAAUUGGCAGAAAUCUUACAAAACUGCACUACCAUUUCUCUGGUUUUGAACUUCUAAUCUUCUCUCCAUUCAAUACACUUGCUGCAAAAUGAUGAACAUGGUCUGGUUGGUGUCUCACUUUUUGUACCUCCUCUGCUCAACAGCUACCUGUCAAGAAUCAGUGGAGUUUCUACCACUUGAGGGCUCAGAUGAUGUCUUCCAAAAUGGGUUACCUGUGGCUGUCCAGGUGGAGACUCAACGGCUAGAGGGUCUAUCAAGAAGUGUUCUCAUGGCUGAAUCUUGGCUCAGAAGCCAUGUUCUGGCACAUUAUCCUGGUGUCAACAUAAGCACUGUAAUAGUCGGACAAUCUGGUUCUUGCAACAAGGAUCAACAGCAUGUUUUGGAUCUGGUCUUGCCAUCCAUCAAGAACCUUCACCAUUCACUCACCAGGUGGGGUUUGCAGAACCACAUUAAGGUCUCUGCUUCUGUUUCCUCUGACUGUUUGGAUAUGGAGUCUGAAGCCUACAGAGAAGAUAUAGCUGAGAGUUACAUCAAACCUUUGCUCACCAUUUUGCAAGAAAUUGGUUCACCUUAUGUUGUUAGCUCACCCCCACAUGAUUCAGGUGGUAAAAACCUUACCUUUCUGAAACCCCACUUCAAAUCCAUGAAGAAAUUGGGAUUUCUUGAUUUGCAGAAGAGCAAUGUGAUCAUACAUAGAGCAACACAAGGAAGAAGAAGACCCUUUAGUAGAAAGCUGUCAUUCAUUGAUGUAAGCAGCAAUAAGGAUAAAGUCGACCCCUACCCCCCAAGGCCAACCCCAAUAGCCCCCCCAACUCAUUCCCCUCACAGUUCUUCAAAUCCAGGAAGCCCUCUCCCUCCAUUAGUAGGAGUUAUUUCACCUCCCCCAAAUCCCCUCCCUUUCCCCCCUUCAACUUUUCCAGGUCCACAUCUUGCACCAAUGGCUGACCCUCCAUAUGCCCCCCCCCAUUUGCCUCCCUGCACUCCCUCUGAUGGCAAUGGCUAUGGCUCUGUGGGUGCACCUGCACCAGGGGGGGUGACUCACCAGGGGCUGUGGUGUGUUGCUAAGCCUAGUGUCCCACAAGAGACACUGCAGGAGGCCCUGGAUUAUGCCUGUGGAGAAGGUGGGGCUGACUGUGAAGAAAUUCAGCCUGAUGGGAGCUGCUAUUUCCCUGAAUCUCUUGUGGCACAUGCAUCGUAUGCUUUCAAUAGUUACUGGCAGAAGACGAAGAGGAAUGGUGGCACUUGUGGCUUUAGAGGCACUGCUAUGCUCAUCAGCUCAGACCCAAGUUAUAAUCACUGUAGAUUUGUUCUUGCCUAGAUGAAUAUGAUGGAUCAUUGUGGCUAAACAUGAUGAGUGUAAGGACAUUUUGAUCUUUUCUGUAACAGCUUGGGAUUUCAUGUAUUCUGGCCUUACUUGACAUGUAAUGUAACCUUGUUUCCUUCCACUAUGUAGUUGGAUUGGAUUUUCACUACAUAUCAUACCUGAGUUUUUUUGUCUAGAGAAAGAGAAACUACUGAUAUACAUAUAAUAUGGCUUUUGCAUAGUUUAGAGGGGGACAUAUUUUUUUAGGAGGAACUUUA